UGGUUGUCGUGUUCGGAACUGAUGCCGUCGGAGGCAGUGUCAAGGUGUCAUGGAAAAUAAACUCGAACCAGAUGCGGUAGGCGGUGACGGAUCAAAAGACAAAACUGUGGAAAGUGAAGGUGCAGGAAGAAGCUGUCUUUCACACAGACCGAAUCUGACAGACUUAUCAGAUGAGUUACUGCUGAUGGUGCUACGACUACUGCCACCUCGCGACGUGCGUUCACUCGGGCUAGUGUCGUCAAGAUUUGCUAAUGUUGCUGCUGACCCUUCAUUGUGGGUAUCUCCAGAUUUCAGUCAUGUGAGAGGAAUGACUUGCAGACAGUUCUGUGAACGGUACAUGCCAUUCUUGGGUCCGUGGACAACAUCGCUGACUACUCGAGGUCCUCUCCUGUUCGUCGGAGUAGCGAGGUACUUAAAUGAUGAGGCAUUAGACAGAAUGUAUCCGAAUCUCGGUGAUUACGUGUCUGGGGAGUUCAUCAGAGAGCUGGAUGCACGCUGCCCGAACCUCAAGUCGUUGGUGCUGUGGGACCAAAACAUUGACGAGAAGCAGGUACGGCCAGGGACGCUGCCGAGCAGCCUCGAGUUCUUGGCGUUCCGCCGCUGCUGGCUUUCGAACCCGCGGCUGGCGGAAACGUACUUCAUGGGCUGCCACACCACACUCCCCCACCUGGGGGAGCUGGAGCUACACAGGUGCCCGUGGUUCUCCCCGAGCUCGCUGCUGUCGCUGAGCAAGUGUGCAAACCUGAAGGUCCUCCGCAUCACACACUGCCCCGGCAUUCACUACUCGCUGCGGACAACCAGCCUGGCCUGCAUGUCUGGCUUCGGGAAACUGAAGGUGCUGGACCUACGCCGCACACAGGUGGGGGACCAGGAGCUGAUGUUCUUCAGCCAGCUGCAGCAGCUCGAGGAGCUGCUGCUGGAGCAGCGGCCCCCGGUCGUGCUGUACAGCUCGGACGCCUCGGACUCGUCGGACGACACAGACACCACCAGAAAAUUACUGCCACUGAUGUCCCCGGAGAUGAUUUUCUACAGCCAAGUGACGUGGCUGGAAAAGCUGCUGCUGGAUCGGCCAGCAGACGAUGACUUGGACGAUGAUAAUGACGACGUGCUACCGGGCCAGCACCUGGGACUGGAGUUCAUGCAGUGGUUCCGGACUCUGAUGGUGUCCUCCGUGUCGGACACGGGGAUCUGCUUACUGGGGAAGGGCCCCCACUCCCCGUGGGGCGCAGCCAUCCUCCGCAGGAUGGGCUGUGGCCAGAACGAGCACAACCCGCGCCUCCGGAAGCUCGUCGCCCGUGGGUUCUCUGAUGUGACAGACGUGAGUGUGGACUAUCUGGUUCACGUGGACACUCUGCGCUAUUUGGACCUGACGGGCUGUGGAGUGACGCGGCACGCCCUCGAGAGCUUCGCCAAUCUCCGUCCAGAUGUUGAAGUCGUGGUGGUGGUGGUGGUGGUGGUGGUGGUGGUGGAGGACUUGUUUUCUUGGUUGCGCCUGAUAUCCAGCACGUGCCUGCAGGUGUAUCUCGGAGACACCUACACGACGAUCCCUUCCCCAGCAGCGUCCAUCUCGCUGUGA